AAAAGAUUGAAAAUUAAAUUUCGAACAAUUUGAAGUGUCAGCAGAUUGUGUACGUAGCUGUUGGGAUAAGGAAAUAGCAUGAUGUUGAUAAGAUUCGUUUGUUGUAUCGCCGCCUUCGUUGUGAUCGAUCCAACUGGAGCAGACUUUGCUACAAGGGAGCGGAUUCGGAUUCAUCGAGAAUGGUUAGAAAGACGAGCUGCGAAACGAUUGAAUGCCAGCGGGAUAGCCUUGACGACCCCCAGAACGGCCUAUAUGAGGAAACUAAUCAAAUUCAAGAACGAAAACGAACCGCUGUCAGAGAACGAUGUUUCUUUCGUUCCUCAUUUUGAGAUGGGCGGCGGUAAUGGUGCAGUCGGUAUCGAUAAUGGUGCAGAUGUUGGUUAUCCUCCGCGACCGGAAAAAGAGCUUUUGACUGGUGAUGCCGAACGCUAUAGGUAUGAGAUCGUCAGCGAGCAUGAAGCUGCACCAACGGAAGCCAGUUCGAAGGAAAAGUCACGCGCGAGUUCGCAGAGUGCGAGCGAACCGACAAACCCGUUAGUUUAUGUGAUUCAACCUGCUGUUGAAAUACCAACUGAGAAUCUGGAUCGGCAUCACACUGCCUAUGAAGUUACCAAGUCGAUCGGAGCUGCCACCCAAAAGACGGAAACGACCGAACGAAUUGAUGCUACAGUUAAAGCGAGUCACAACGCAAACCAGAAUCCGAAUGUCGAGAACGAGCCUGUCGCUGAGGCGGAUGAUUCUACUUCCGGUUAUAAAUUUAAAACAACCACCGACAGGGAUCAUUCUGAGACAACAAGUUUAGAAUCUUCUUCAGAGCAUAACCACAGCACGAAUGGCUUAGAUCAUUCAGCAAGUACACUGGACCACCGCGAUCCUUUGUCAACGUCUUCAGUAGACGUGAUAACAGUCAGGCAUCUGUUUGGACCGUGGAGCAACUGGACACCAUGCUCGAGAUCUUGUGGAGGAGGUGUGAAGAUGCAGUAUCGAGCAUGCCUGAAGAGAGAGUAUAUCAAUGGUAAAAAAAGCUCAAAACAGCCAGUGGAAAGUGUUGAAUGCAAUGGAAUCAUUAAAAGAUAUCACUUGUGCAACGAACAGAAUUGUCCAGCUAGUGAUGGUGAUUUCCGGGAUCAACAGUGUACUAGUUUUAACAAUCAGUCAUUUGAAGGGAAACGAUACAUCUGGGAAGCAUUCAUAAAAGAGGAUGCCGAGUGUGAGCUGAAUUGCAAACCGAUUGGAAUGCGUUAUUUUGCAACUUUGAAUAAAACAGUUAUAGAUGGAACUUCCUGCGCCAAACCCAUGGACUAUUUUCGUCGUAGCAAUGGAAGGAGAGGCAUCUGUGUGGAAGGAGUGUGUAAGGUAUGA